GAAUUGCAGUUUUUAUUUAUUGUUAUUUUUUUCUAUUCUUUUUUCCUCUCCUACAAUCGGAACGUUGUUAUAACACGUGUUUUAUUAUAAAAACAAAAAAAAAAAAAAAGCUCAAACGCAUCGUACUGACAACGCGCGCUUUAUUUUUUAUAUUUUUAUUUAUAGUAUAGAGUCGAGGACAUAUCAGGACACGACUGUCAGGGAAAGUAAGGCAAUAAAUCAGCGACUUCAUGUCUUACCACGGGCACAACCAGCAUGGGCAGUUUACCGGAUCUGCCACCACGCGACCCUUUGCGCAGCAUCCGCAACAGGCCAGUAACAGCCAGAUCCAAGGUUUAGCCCAACAACAUACUCAGCAGCAACAACAACAGCAGCAGUAUGCACAUUUGCAACAUCACAAUGCCAACAACAAUAGUUUCGGUCUCAGUUCCCUAACGUCCAAUAGCUAUAAAUUGGACAACACUCGAGACUCACGGCCGAGCAAUGGACUUCAAGGAUAUGGUAACUGGAACAGCCCUACAGAUAUGACCGGCUUUGGCCAGACACACUCGAGCGGACAGCUGUCGCACAUGUUGACUCAACCACACCAUUCAGCCUCGCAACCAUCACUUUCCAUCUCGCAAUACUCGCAGCCACAGCAGCAGCAACAGCAACCCCAACAGCAACCCCAGCAACCACAGCAACAGCACCAGCAGCAGCAGGCAUUUCUAUUUUCAGCCCACAACCAAUCUCCAACUCAUCUUAGGGCCCAGCCACAGCAGACUCAACAAACGCAGCAACAGCAGCCUCAACAAGCUCAAUCGCAACAACAGCAACCUUCCUAUGGCUCUCAUCAUUCAUCCAAUCACCAAGGCUCUCAACAUUUCUCAAGCACUGUUGUGUCGCCAGCAUCUCAACUUUCUCGACAGCAACAGCCAUCUGCACAGACCGGUAUGGUUGGAUCAGGUGGGCUAAAACCCUCAACCUCGCUCGGGAAUGUUAGUUCUGUGAACCGCAAUUACCUUGAUUCUGCACUUUCUACUGGGCCCAGCGCGCCAAGCUUUGGAUCUACUAACAAUUUUGGUAUGGCAGGCAUGACCAAUCUCCGUAAUACAUAUGGCGCUGACGAUGAGGGUGGAAACUUGAUCCCAAAUGACGACAAUUCACUUGAUGGGGUUUACCAACCCUUAAACAGUAAUCCUCAUGGUAAUCAAGUUCAAUCGGCUGGUCGGUAUCAGGCUCAGCGAACUGGUAGCAACCCUGUAACACCUAAUCGACUAGCACAUGAUAUACGGCCAGGACAAGGCAAUCAUAUUCUCAAUAAUAACCCCACUACCAUUUCUCAGAACCAGCCUCUAUCCUCAUAUGACCAGCGCACAACCACGCCAGCCAUGAACAGCAUCAAGGGCGACGUCAUGCUGAGUGGCGGUGGUGUAACUGGCAACAGUACUCAGCAUCAGACAUCGUCUCGUCAUCUGAAUCAGCCACUUCCACAAUCGCCUUACUCAUACCAUUCAACCGCCCAGCAGUCACCUCAACAACCUUAUCCAUCUCCACAUAAUUCUAUUCUGCCUCAGUCCCAGCACCAGCAUGCGCACCAGCAAUCAACGCCUCCUGGUCAGUCCGCACUCACCCCAAAAGAGUCGCCCCAGCUGUCGGCACCAAAAGCGGCGAUUGUCGAACCAGAGCCCAAGAAGAAGCAGCAAAAAGCCCCAAAGGCUGCUGCAGGCGCGAAGAAGACUGCUCAAGGCAAGAAGAACCCAAAAAUUCAGCCAGACAAUGUGCCAUCACCAGAACUUGGACGAACAGAUACUGGUUCAUCUCAUGCCAUGACCUCGCCGUAUAGCAGUGUGGACUCGACUGUGCCAGGGCACAAUCGUAUGUACAGUAGUCCAUUGACUCCAGCUGCUUUGGCCCAGCAUCAGCAGCAGUACCCAAGCUUCCAGCAGCAACAACAACAGCACCAACCCUCGCCUCAAAACACGCUUCAGCAGCAGCAACAGCAACAACAACCGCAGCAUCAAGCACAGGUUCAACAUCAGCAACACCAUCAUCAACAACAACCACAGCAGCAGCAGCAUCAGGCACAUCAGACUCCUCAGCAGCAGCAUCAACAACAACAAGCCUUACGGCAACAUCAGCGAAAUGAAAGUUUCGAAACUAAUCCUCGUCCCCUUACUCAGCCUGUAGCGCCUCCUGUAUCUGACUCAGCCACUGAUAAACCUAAAGGCAAAGGACGUGGCAGAAAGAAAAAGGUUGUUGAUAAGCCUGCAGACUCUGCUCCCGCCCCUGCUCCUGCCCCCGCUCCUACUCCUACCCCUGCUCUUGAACCCGUAGUCACCCCUGCGACACGACCUACAGCCGUCAUGCCUGCUCUUCCACAGACGUCCUCAACACCCAAACUGAACAAGCAACAGCAACAGCAAUUUCAGCAACUUCAACAACAGCAGCUUCAACAGCAACAGCUUCAACAACAGCUUCAACAACACAGCAGCAGCAACAGCAACAGCAACAGCUGCAGCGCCAACAAAUGCAACAACAGCAGCAACAGCAGCAACAACAGCCUUAUUACGAUGCUUCUGCAUUAGCGCUGACUUUGUCUCAACCUGCUCUUCAUCCCUCCGGUCGUCCUAAACGACCUCCAAAUGCAUUUUUGGUAUUCUCUAGUAUCCGACGACCGGAACUGCAGAAACUUUACCCCUCGCACAAGACAGCCGCACUUAGUAAACGUCUUGGAGAAGAAUGGCGCGACAUGCCCCCUAUACUUUCCAGACUAAUCAUCCGGACUACGUCUACACUCGUCGUUCCUCUAAAAAGCGUGCAAUCGUCGACGUUGAUGCAGGCUCCUCCAAGAGA